GCUGGGUAAUAUUUAUUACGAGACUACAUCAUGUUUUGACGUUGCGUCAGGAGGAUGUUAACAAUGAACAAUUUUUAUAGCAUUUAUAUUUUCUUCUUUAUUUGCGUUCUUCAUCUUACAACAUGUUUACCAGAACAAGGGAUCAAAGUCAUCAAAGCCACACAGAGUAAUUCCAAAUUCACAUUUGUAAAGACAACAUAUAACCAAACUAAAAUUUAUGUUAAAAUUUCCUGCCAGCCAGAGACCGCUGGGUCUGUCAGUGUGAGCAUCAGGUGGGCUUUGCAGUAUUUUCCCUGUGCUAAUGAACUUGCUUUGAUUGGAGAUAAUUUGAGUCAAUCAGAAUAUAUAUACUACUCUGUCCAUACUGGUACCGGCCUCUCUAAGAUUGAGAUGACUUCGAAUAAAACACUUCCCCUGGAGUGCAAAAGUCCCAUGUUUUUGCCUAAAUGGAACACGGAAAGUUAUGAUGUAUUUGACAUAGCUCGAGAGAAUGUAACGAAAGAUAUAUUGAAACCCAGACGACAGAAACGAUCAGUGAAAAGUCCUGCAGCAAACAGCACAGCUGCUACUGUUGCAAUGAGAGAGCACGAGAAACAUUCCUUUGUGGCAUCAACAUGGCAUGACGGACCAUACGCCUUUUUCUUAGAAAUCACUUCCGAUAAGCAUUUCACCGCUGAUAUUACAAUUCGAAUGUUGGGAAAGCAUGGAUAUUUAUCUGCAAAUGAGUGGCCCCUUCUGUUGUUCUUUGGCAUCAUGGGACUACUAUAUAUCUUCUAUGGCAUAGUUUGGUUACUUCUAUUGGCCUGCAACUGGAGAGACCUACUUCGUAUACAGUUUUGGAUUGGUGCUGUUAUCUUACUAGGAAUGUUGGAGAAGGCAGUUUUCUAUGCUGAAUACCAGAGUAUCAGUAGCACUGGGGUAUCAGUUCGAGGAGCAGUCAUUUUUGCUGAGUUGGUUUCAUGCUUCAAGCGGAUGCUGGCUCGCAUGUUAGUGGUCAUUGUCAGUCUCGGUUUUGGUAUAGUCAAACCCCGACUUGGACUCACCUUUCACAAAGUCCUCUGUGUUGGCAUAUUAUACUUCAUUUUGGCAUCUAUUGAAAGUUGCUUACGAGCCUUAAAGUCCAAGAGUGACCAAUCUAAAGAACUGAUGUUAGCCAAUGUUCCUUUAGCUGUUGUUGAUGCUGCUAUUUGCUGGUGGAUUUUCUCUGGCCUUGUACAAACCACCAGAACACUGCGACUACGAAGAAACAUAGUGAAGCUUUCACUCUAUCGACAUUUCACCAACACACUUAUAUUUGCAGUUUUGGCGUCCAUAUCUUACAUGGCUUGGUCAAUAUCCCAGCACAAGCUCAAGUUCUGCCUUACAGAUUGGCGAGAAUUGUGGGUUGAUGAUGCCUUUUGGCAUCUGCUGUUUUCUGUGCUGCUCUUGGUUAUUAUGAUUUUGUGGAGACCCUCUGCAAAUAACCAAAGAUAUGCCUUUUCCCCAUUGCUCGAUGCUGAAGAUGAAGAUGAUGAUGAUACUGUUAUGAACGAUGCUUUUGAUGGUAUGAAGAUGAGAGGAGCUAAACCUCUCUCGAAUGGAUCUCCAAAACAGAAAGAUUCCAAAAAUAAAGCAGAAGAUGAUCUUAAAUGGGUUGAAGAUAACAUCCCUACUUCAGUGGCUGACAAAGCGCUGCCUAGCCUAAUUGAUUCUGAUGAAGAAAUCAUGACAACAAAGUUUGAAAUAUCCAAAAUGGAGUAAAAAUGACAGAUACACCACAGGAAGACAAUCUUGGACUUGGUUGUAUUGCUACAGAACCGUUAUUUAUAUCAAAGCUACAUCUUCACCAAGUUGUGUGUGUAUAAAGAUAUAUACGUGUGUGUGUGUUUACAUAUCUAUAUGUAUGUAGUUUUUGUUUAUGUUGUGGUACAAAACCAUAUAAGUACUCAAUACAAUUUUGUUGGAAAUGAACGGAGUUUUAUAUAUGUUAAUUUUUGUGAAAUUAAUGAGAAUUAAACACUCCUUAACUGCAAAUUCACUUGAUAGAUCAGUUGUACCAUUGCUGACUGAACAGUCUUUUGCAGCUUGGGAGUAUACAAUCUGUUUAUUUCCUAGUAUUUAACACACACACACAUAUAUAAGGUUGUCAAGAAUGAAAUGUUCAAUUUCGAAUUGAAAGUUUAUUUUUGGACAUUUCAUUCUUAAUGACCUAAUAUAUUGCUGGUUUAAUAAAUUCAAUGCGGCUUACUACUACAAGGUUCUCAAAGUAGUAAAUAAUUGAAGUUUUUAAAUAUGUAUAUAUAUAUAUAUAUAUAUAUAUAUAUAUAUAUAUAUAUAUAUAUAUAUACAUACAUACACACACACUCUCUCUCAACUUAGUAUUGAGUAAUCUCUUUGUACUAACCAUAUAUAGCUACAUUAUAUAUGUAUAUAUACAAACACACACACAUAUAUAUGUUUGUGUGUGCAUCUAUAUAUAUACACACACGUGGAUUUUCUUCAUUGAUGUAAAACAUUUAUUUCCAUUGCAUCUCACCCCCUGGGGACCAUAUAACAUUUCCAGCUGCCUAAACUUAUCCAGAUAAGGAUCUAACUACAUCUAUGUGCACAUAUGCUCAUAGACACACAAACACAAAUAGUGAUUAUAUAUGCAUGUGUGUGUGUGUGUGUAUGUAUAUAUAUAUAUAUAUAUAUAUAUAUAUAUAUAUAUAUAUAUAUAUAUAUAUAUAUAUAUAUAUAUAUACACUCACACACGCAUGCACACACACACACAUGCUACACACUGAAGCAUUAAUUGAAAUUCUAAUGGAUUAAAGGGUCAUAAAAUUAACAAAAAUAUGCAAAAAUAAAUCACAUAAACUGAUGAAUAAAUAUAUAGAGGGAAAUAUUUGUACAAGAAAUUUUUUCGUUUUUUUCUUUCUUUACAAAUAGGGUCUCACACACACAUAUAUAUUAUGUGUAUAUAUAUAUAUAUAUAUACACACACACACGUCUAUAUAGGGAGUACAUUUCCAUGAGCCCUUUGAUGCAAAAGUUCAUUUCUUGUUUUUGUACUUAAUGAAUAAAAAAGGUAAUCCUAAAUUCUCAUACAUAUUUAUCUUCCACUGUAA